GUGAUGUUGGAAACUAUUAUUAUGGCCAGGGACAUCCCAUGAAGCCCCACAGGAUCCGGAUGACCCACAACCUACUGCUGAACUACGGCCUUUACAGGAAGAUGGAGAUAUAUCGCCCUCACAAGGCGAACGCGGAGGAGAUGACCAAGUACCACAGCGACGACUACAUCAAGUUUCUGAGAUCCAUCCGCCCUGACAACAUGUCUGAGUACAGCAAGCAGAUGCAGAGAUUUAACGUCGGGGAGGACUGCCCUGUGUUCGAUGGGCUGUUCGAGUUCUGCCAGCUCUCUGCUGGAGGCUCCGUUGCCAGUGCUGUGAAGCUGAACAAGCAGCAGACAGAUAUUGCUGUGAAUUGGGCAGGAGGCCUUCACCACGCUAAAAAGUCAGAGGCUUCUGGCUUCUGUUAUGUCAACGAUAUUGUCCUGGCUAUCUUGGAGCUCUUAAAGUAUCACCAGAGAGUCCUGUACAUUGACAUAGAUAUUCACCAUGGAGAUGGUGUGGAGGAAGCCUUCUAUACCACAGACCGUGUGAUGACCGUGUCCUUUCAUAAGUACGGAGAGUACUUCCCAGGAACAGGGGACCUACGGGACAUUGGUGCAGGCAAAGGCAAGUACUAUGCAGUCAACUAUCCCCUCCGGGAUGGAAUUGAUGAUGAGUCCUAUGAGGCAAUAUUCAAGCCGGUGAUAUCUAAAGUGAUGGAGACGUUCCAGCCUAGCGCAGUUGUCCUGCAGUGCGGGUCGGAUUCUCUGUCCGGGGACAGGCUGGGUUGUUUUAAUCUGACCAUCAAAGGUCACGCCAAGUGUGUGGAGUUUGUCAAAAGUUUUAAUUUGCCUAUGCUGAUGCUGGGAGGAGGUGGCUAUACGAUCCGCAACGUGGCUAGAUGCUGGACCUACGAGACUGCUGUGGCUUUGGACACUGAGAUCCCAAAUGAACUCCCAUAUAAUGACUAUUUUGAGUACUUCGGACCAGACUUUAAGCUGCACAUCAGUCCCUCAAACAUGACUAACCAGAAUACCAACGAGUAUCUCGAGAAGAUCAAGCAACGUCUCUUUGAGAAUCUGCGCAUGCUGCCUCAUGCUCCUGGCGUGCAGAUGCAGCCGAUUCCUGAGGAUGCUGUUCAGGAGGACAGUGGAGAUGAAGAGGAAGAAGAUCCCGAGAAACGCAUUUCAAUCCGCAAUUCUGAUAAGAGAAUAUCCUGUGAUGAGGAAUUCUCUGACUCUGAAGACGAAGGGGAAGGAGGGCGCAAAAAUGUUGCCAACUUUAAGAAGGCCAAGCGUGUGAAAACGGAAGAGGAAAAGGAGGAGGAGGAGAAGAAGGAUGAGAAAGAAGAGGAAAAAGCAAAAGAGGAGAAAGCAGAACCCAAGGGGGUGAAGGAAGAGACGAAAUCCACCUAGGAUGGCUGCAGCUGGACAGUACCUGUCAGUGCAUAGUUAUCGUAGGUUAGCUUCUCUGGUUGCCUCCCAUUCCACAGGAUUUAUAUUUUAUAUAUGUUUCUGUAUAUAUUUCUAUAUAAAUAUAUAAAUGACUUGAGAACUGUAAA